AUGUCGUUUGAAAACAAGAACUUGUACGCUUUGUUGGGUAACGACGUCGAGGAUGAAGACGCCGCACCAGCACCAAUCCCAAGAGAGAUUGUGAAGAAGACCACUUCUUCUAAGAAGGCUGACGUUGCUCCAGCUUCUGCUGAUCCAGCUAAGGCCAAGAAGAACAAGAAGCAGGCUACUGGUAACGAGGCUGCUUUGAAGAACAAGAACGCCAACAAGGACGUUUCUGCUCCAAGCUCCACUCCUUCCAAGCACGUCAAGAAGCCUUUCGACCGUCACUCCAGAACUGGCAAGACCGACUCCAAAAAGAAGAUUAGACAAGGAUGGGGUGGAGAUGACAACAGAGAGUUGGAGGACGAGGCCAACGCUGUUGGUGACGCUUUGGCUGAGUUGAACGCCGACGCUGAUGCCGGUGCUCCAGCUGCCCCAGCUGCUAAGUCCUUGCAGGAGUACUUGGCUGAGUUGCAGAAGGCUGAGAAUGACUUGGAGGGUAGAAAGCCAGCUAGAAAGGCUAACGAGGGUGCUGAGGAGAAGUGGAACGCCAACGAGAAGAUCGAGAAGGAGACUUCUUCCUUCCACGAGGGUACCUACGUGAAGAAGAUCAAGCAGAAGGCUGCCAAGGAGAAGAAGUUCUUGGAGUUCGACUCUGUGUUCUCUGACGAGGCCCCAAAGCCAGCCAAGAAGGCUCCAUUUGCCGGUAAGAAGGGUGGUAAGCCAUCUGGUAAGCCAUCUGGUAAGCCAUCCGGUAAGCCAGCUGCCAAGGCCCAGGGCUCCGAGCCAGCUGCUGCUGGUGUCAACGAGAAGAACUUCCCAUCUUUGUAA